AGCGGCACAGCCUGUGGGGAGUGGCCCCCGGCAGGGCGACGUCCCACGGCAGGGGCACCAUGGCCACCAUUCAGUCGGAGACCGACUGUUACGACAUCAUCGAGGUGCUGGGCAAAGGCACCUUCGGGGAGGUGGCCAAGGGCUGGCGGCGCAGCACGGGCGAGAUGGUGGCCAUCAAGAUCCUCAAGAAUGACGCCUACCGCAACCGCAUCAUCAAGAAUGAGCUGAAGCUGCUGCGCUGCAUGCGGGGCCUGGACCCCGAGGAGGCCCACGUCAUCCGCUUCCUCGAGUUCUUCCACGACGCCCUCAAGUUCUACCUGGUCUUCGAGCUGCUGGAGCAGAACCUCUUCGAGUUCCAGAAGGAAAACAACUUCGCGCCCCUGCCCGCCCGCCACAUCCGCACGGUCACCCUGCAGGUGCUCAGGGCCCUGGCCCGGCUCAAGGAGCUGGCGAUCAUCCACGCUGACCUCAAGCCCGAGAACAUCAUGCUGGUGGACCAGACGCGCUGCCCCUUCAGGGUCAAGGUGAUCGACUUCGGCUCGGCCAGCAUCUUCAGCGAGGUGCGCUACGUGAAGGAGCCCUACAUCCAGUCGCGCUUCUACCGGGCCCCCGAGAUCCUGCUCGGGCUGCCCUUCUGUGAGAAGGUGGAUGUGUGGUCCCUGGGGUGCGUCAUGGCCGAGCUGCACCUGGGCUGGCCCCUGUACCCGGGCAACAACGAGUACGACCAGGUGCGCUACAUCUGUGAGACCCAGGGCCUGCCCAAGCCACACCUGCUGCACGCUGCCCGCAAGGCCCACCACUUCUUCAAGCGCAGCGCCCACCCUGACGCCACCAACCCCUGGCAGCUCAAGUCCUCGGCUGACUACCUGGCCGAGACCAAGGUGCGCCCGCUGGAGCGCCGCAAGUACAUGCUCAAGUCCCUGGACCAGAUCGAGACGGUGAACGGCGGCGGGGCUGCCGGCCGGCUGAGCUUCCCGGACCGCGAGGCGCUGGCCGAGCUCGCCGACCUCAAGAGCAUGGUGGAGCUGAUCAAGCGCAUGCUGACGUGGGAGUCCCACGAGCGCAUCAGCCCCAGCUCGGCCCUGCGCCACCCCUUCGUGUCCAUGCAGCAGCUGCGCAGCGCCCACGAGACCACCCGCUACUACCAGCUGUCACUGCGCAGCCGCCGCCUCUCCCUGCAGGGGGAGGGCAAGCCGCCCCCGCCGGUGGUGGCCGCUGCCGAGGAGGGGCCCCCCUACUACCGCCUGGCUGAGGAGGAGGAGGCCGUGGGCGUGGGCGGUGUGGCCAGCAGCGGGACCUUCUUCCGGGAGGAAAAGGCGCCGGGCAUGCAGAGGGCCAUCGACCAGCUGGAUGACCUGAGUCUGCAGGAGGCGGGACGCAGGCUGUGGGGCGAGACCCACGCCGACGUGGUCUCCGACAUGCUGGCCCCACUCAAGGCUGCCACCGCCGGCUGCCACGUGCCCGACUCGGGCCCCGAGCCCAUCCUGGCUUUCUACGGCAGCCGCCUGGCAAGCCGCCACAAGGCCCGCAAGCUGCCCGCCGGCUCCAAGUCCGACUCCAGCUUCAGCAACCUCAUCCGCCUGAGCCAGGCCUCCCCCGAGGAGGACGGGCCCUGCCGGGGCAGCGGCUGGGAGGAGGGAGAGCGCCAAGGGGCCUCGCUGGAGCCGCCUGCCAUCCUGCAGCGGGACGGGGACGGACCCAGCCUCAAGGACAUGACCGUGGACGCCGAGGGGUCAAGCCCCGAGCUCUUCGACCCCGGCAGCUGUCCUGGAGAGUGGCUGAGCGAGACAGACUGGACGCUGGAAGGCAUCAGGGGACCACGGGCCCAGGGGCUGCCGCCCCGCCACAGCCACCAGCAUGGCCCCCCCCGGGCCACCAGUUUCCUGCAGCAUGUUGGUGGGCACCACUGAUGGGGACCCCCUGGCCCUGCCCCGCACCGGGGGCUGCGCUAGCUGGGCUGGCCUCCCCUCUCCACCCAAACCGCACCCGAGAGCCUUCCCCUGAACUCACGAAUUAUUCUUACACAAAGAAAGUUUCCCAGAAUGUCCCUGUCACCCCCGCCUACAGCGCAUACCUGCACACAACCCCAAGCAUGGGGGGGGGCCCUUGGUGUCUGGCCCACGGCCCCCUCAGCCAGAGGGCUGGCAGGAAGGGGGCUGCACCCUGUUGGCCAAGAGCCUGCUCCCAGCCGCCUCUGCCGAUUUCAAUAAAGAACUG